AUGUCUUGUGCCGAGUGGAAAUUGAGGGUCAUCGCGGACACUGUAGAUACCUUUCAUGGCUGGAGCGUCAGAGACUCUUGGCGCAGAGAAGAUGAGAAUUGGUCGAAGAUGGUCAAUCAGGAUGGCAACCAUUCAUACUCCUUUCCUAAACUUGGUCAGUCGGUUUAUCUUGAUGACAAGUCCAAAAGCCUUGAAAAGCCCGUCAUUUGCCAGGACAUCUAUUGGGCUCAAGAUGGGACGUCUGUCGUCACGGUUCAUGACGACUAUGGAAUCCGACAGUAUUUGGUGCCGGAAUGCGGGACGAACGAGGAAAAGAGGGAUCUAAUUCCUUUCACCAGGGUUUUCAAAAAUCAGUCGAUAGUCGCCAGCCGCGCCCACCCUAGAUAUUCUCUUUUCAAUGGUUCAGAACGUUUCAAUAUCAUACUGCUCUCGCAAAGAGGUGUCCCGUUGCAGCUAUAUCCAUUGUCACUGGAGGCGAGUUCUUUCGGAUCCAUGCGCAGCUUUGAUGUGACAAAUCCCGUCAACGGGCGUUUCCAGGUUGCGCACGCCAUCGAUUUCGACUGUGGGAACAACUUCCUUGCGGGAUUCGACAGAAACCGAGUGUCGGUGUACGACAUCAAUCGGUGCGACCCGGUGUGGACUGCUCAGCCGUCCAAAAGACAAUGUGGAUCUUCUUUCCAAAGACAUAUUGUGUCUUGCUUCGAUCUGCAAGCGAGUCAGUCGUGCUUGGACAAUACCACAAGGUAUUUCGGUACCUAUAAAGGUGAGCUUCAUGCGAUUGACCAGCGCAGAAAUAAUACACAACUUCUUUACCGUUCAGAUUCCGGAAAUGGUUUCAUUCAAGUCCUCAAGAGUGCCAAUGGACGCUUUCUUUAUGGCAUAAAACGCAAUAGCAAUAUCAUAGAUGUCUUAGAUGUGCGCCAAACUCAUCAGAAGAUAAACGAACUUGAGCUUCCAUUUAAAAUGCGAACUCAAAAAUUCAAAGGUAAUCUUAGCGCAACCACAGGCCUCACCAUGGGAACAGAUCGUGGAUAUGUCGUUAACUGGUCAAGUGAUUUUGUCGAAUUCGGAGGCAUUGAUAGAACCUGUAGCGGGCAUUCUAAUGUGCAGCGAUUCUCUGGUGAUCUCGUCGGUUGGGACCGUGACAUGCCAUAUGGUCCCUCACGGUUUAAUCUGAUUCAAGAAAGUCCUGCUGAAGCAGGUCUUUUCAUGAUGUCAUACUCGCCUGAUAAGUUUUCUGAACAGGCGCAGGACGCUCAAUCUGGCAUCAGCCUUGCAUGUCUAUAA